AUGAAAUUCCUCAGUGUCCGUGUGCCAAUAGUGUGUCCUGCAGUAACAGAGGACCCCGCGGAGGCUGAUCUGUGGCUGCUCAACAGCUGCACUGUGAAAAACCCGGCCGAAGAUCACUUCAGAAACUCCAUCAAGAAGGCCCAGGAGCAGGAUAAGAAGGUGGUGGUAGCUGGAUGUGUUCCCCAGGCCCAGCCCAGGAUGGACUACCUUAAAGGACUCAGCAUCAUCGGGGUUCAGCAGAUUGACCGUGUGGUGGAGGUGGUGGACGAGGCUGUUAAAGGUCACUCGGUGCGUCUGCUGGGUCAGAAGAAGGACAACGGGAAGCGUCUCGGUGGAGCCAGACUGGAUCUGCCCAAGAUUAGAAAGAACCCUCUGAUAGAGAUCAUUUCAAUCAAUACAGGUUGUCUGAAUGCCUGUACGUACUGUAAAACCAAGCAUGCCAGAGGAGACCUGGCCAGCUACCCUGUGGAGGAACUCGUGGAGAGAGCCAGACAGUCCUUCCAAGGUGAGUCUACAGCCGACCAAUCACGCUGCUGCUGCUCCAGGUUCACUGACUCCUUUAACCACCUUCUUUUACUAACUACCAACUCUUUGUUGGAGAUGGGGAUCUAGUGGG